AUGUCUCUUGGGUAUGCUGAGAAACUUUCCUUCAUAGAAGAUGUAGGCAACGUUGGAAUGACUGAACAUUUUGACCCAUCUACCAUUUUGCGUGAAAAAAUAGAGCAACUUGCUAUUAUGAUUAAAAAGAGUAAGCAUCUAGUAGUGUUUACAGGUGCAGGAAUAUCAACAUCUUGUGGUUUACCUGAUUUUCGAGGUCCCAAGGGAAUUUGGACGCUUCAGCGUGAAGGUAAAGCCUUGCCUGAAGCAUCAUUACCAUUUCACCGUGCGGUGCCAAGCUUGACUCACAUGGCUCUCGUUGAAUUAGAAAAGGCUGGUAUUUUGAAAUUUGUUAUCAGCCAGAAUGUUGAUGGUCUCCAUCUUCGAUCUGGAAUACCAAGGGAAAAACUGUCUGAACUGCACGGGAAUUCCUUUAUGGAAACUUGCCCUUCAUGUGGAGCUGAGUACUUUCGAGAUUUUGAGGUAGAAACUAUUGGUUUAAAGGAGACUUCACGGCGCUGUUCAGAUGCAAAAUGUGGGGCAAGACUUAAGGAUACAGUCCUUGACUGGGAGGAUGCACUGCCUCCGAAGGAGAUGAAUCCGGCUGAGAAGCACUGCAAACAGGCAGAUAUAGUGUUAUGCUUAGGGACAAGUCUGCAAAUAACUCCGGCCUGCAACUUGCCUCUUAAAGCACUUCGUGGCGGAGGUAAAGUUGUCAUUGUAAAUCUCCAGAAAACCCCAAAGGACAAAAAUGCCUCUCUAGUCAUUCAUGGGUUUUCCGAUAAGGUAAUUGCAGGUGUCAUGGAGCACCUAAAUCUGCGGAUUCCUCCUUUCAUCAGGAUCGACCUUUUCCAGAUUAUUGUAGUGCAUGCUUUGAGCAACGAUAAAAGAUAUGUGAACUGGACUCUCCAAGUUGCAAGUUCUCAUGCCCAGAAAGCAGCAUUGCCUUUCGUCAAGUCUGUCGAGGUUUCCUUCUCGGACAAGGAAGGUUUCAAAGAAGCCAUUCUGGAUAAGCAACCAUUUCGGCUUAAAAGAAGAACAGCAUAUAACAAAACAUUUGAAAUGGUUCUAAACCUCAAUUUUGGUGAUGGCUGUGGUUGCUCGUCCCUUGAAGUUGAUGUCCCGAUUGAUUUUAUGAGUUCAACUGACUGCUUCAACUUCGACAAAGAUAUCAUAUUCCAAAAGCUGAGAGACAAGGCAGUCUUUGAGUCAAAAUGUGGUCAGAAUGCCGUAAUCGAGAGAAAAGCCAUCUUGACACCUAAAAGCCACAUUACUACCUAUGCAAUCGUAACUAAUGUUGUUCAUUACAGCAAACCAGUCCCCGAUUCUGUAACCAAUGGUGAUCUUAAAAAGAGAAAAGAUCUCAUGAUUGGUACAGGAUCGUCUUGGAAGCGUUCGAAAGUUUCUAAGGGUAAAUCUAUAUCAAAGAAGGUGUGA